GUAAGCCUUUUUCUUCUUUUACGUCUACUUCUCCGUUAACUUUUAAGCUAUCUUUUUCUUUGAAAACUUUCUUUAAAGUUAUAUGCUAUAUAAUACACACAUAUAAAUUUACUGACACAGACAAGUUUUCACAAUCUGGGUAUCUUUAUUUUCUUCAAUUAGGGCUUGAGUUGGUAUGGGGGAUUCUUAUGGUGGUGCAAGUGCAAGGUUGAGCAGGAGCUCCAGUUCUAGUAGUAGUUCGAAUGAUACGGAGGAUGAUCAAACAAUUGCUAGAAUUUUAGCUGAAGAGGAAAAUCCUAAAAGUCAUGGGAAGCUUGGGAAGAUGCUGUCUCAUUUGGACUCUAUCCCGCACACUCCUCGGAUUAAUGGGGAUAUACCCGACAUCAAUGAUGCAACCUUAGAUCAUGAUACUCUCUCUGAAAGACUGGCAGCAUAUGAUUUAGCUGAACUACAGAUGGAGGGGGAUGGAAACUGUCAGUUUCGAGCUCUUGCAGAUCAGUUGUUCCAUAAUCCAGAAUAUCACAAACAUGUAAGGAAGCAGGUCGUCAAACAGCUCAAACAUCACAGAAAAUUAUAUGAAGGCUACAUCCCGAUGAAGUACAGAAGUUAUUUGAAGACAAUGAAAAGACUUGGAGAAUGGGGAGAUCAUGUUACUCUACAAGCAGCAGCAGAUCGGUUCUCAGCAAAAAUUUGUCUAGUUACCUCUUUUCGAGAUUCAGGUUAUAUUGAGAUUGUUCCCAAGGAAAAGAAUCCUAUAAGAGAGUUAUGGCUAAGCUUUUGGAGUGAAAUACAUUACAACUCAUUGUACGAAAGAGGAGAUGUUCCUGUGAGAGCUGCGAAAAAGAAGCAUUGGUAUAAUUUAGCUCCAUUCAGAUGAUUGCAAAAUUAGUUGCAACAUCAAGCUUUUCGUACUUUUACCCUGCUGGGUGCUGGCUCUGUUUAUGUACAGUUGUAAAGAUAUAAAUGAAUAUAUAUACAUCUAAGGUGGCCAAAUCGAUCUUUCUUGUAGUCCUA